CUUUUCUUUUCUUUUCCUUUAUCUCUUGUCAUUCUCUGUUAAACGUCCUCGUUUUCCUAACAAACUUACUUCUAAGGAAACAUCUUCCAUAAUAACAUCUCCCAUUCAUCUUUAUCAUUUCAAUAAAGUAACAAGUAACAUAAAAAAAUGACUGUUCAAAGGGACGUUUACAAUCCUCUUCUCUUUGAAAUUGCUUGGGAAGUCGCCAACAAAGUGGGUGGUAUCUACACUGUCAUUAGAACAAAGGUUCCUGUUACCGUUCGUGAAUUCGGAGACCGUUAUACCUUAAUCGGUCCUCUCUCUUACAAGACAGCUCCUAUGGAAGUGGAAGCUUGUGAACCUGCCAAUGAAAAGAUGAAGGAAGUCCUUGACAAAAUGGCUGCAGAUGGUGUCAAAUAUCUCUACGGUCGCUGGUUGGUAGAAGGUUCUCCUUAUGUCUUGUUGUUCGAUACAGGUAGUCAAGCAGGCAAACUCAAUGAAUGGAAAGGUGAUCUCUGGCGUUCUGCUGGUAUUCCUUCACCACCCAACGACACGGAAACAAACGAUGCUAUCCUUUUCGGCUACUUGGUGACAUGGUUCAUCGGUGAAUUGACACCCAAGUAUAACCAACCGAAUGAUCCUGCGAUCAUCUGCCACUUCCAUGAAUGGUUAGCUGGUGUAGCUGUUCCCUUGAUCAAGAAGCGUCAUCUUGACGUUUGCACCAUCUUUACCACUCACGCCACUCUUUUGGGUCGUUAUCUCUGUGCAGGUUCUGUCGACUUUUAUAACAAUCUCGCCAACUUUGAUGUCGAUGCAGAGGCAGGCAAGCGUGGUAUUUAUCACAGAUACUGUAUUGAGCGUAGUGCUGCUCAUUGUGCCGAUGUCUUUACCACUGUCUCUCAUAUCACUGCCUAUGAAUCAGAACAUCUCCUCAAACGAAAGCCUGAUGGUGUCUUGCCGAACGGUUUGAAUGUGGUGAAAUUCUCCGCUAUGCAUGAAUUCCAGAAUCUUCACGCUUUAUCCAAGGAAAAGAUCCAUGACUUUGUCCGUGGUCACUUUUACGGUCACUAUGAUUUCGACCUCGAUAACACCAUCUAUAUUUUCACAGCGGGUCGUUAUGAAUAUCGCAAUAAAGGCGUGGAUAUGUUUGUAGAGUCCCUCGCACGUUUAAAUGCCCGUCUCAAGUCCUCCGGUUCAAAUAUGACAGUAGUAGCCUUCAUUAUUAUGCCGACAGCCACCCAUUCAUUCAAUGUGGAAGCCUUGAAGGGUCAAGCAGUGACGCGUCAACUUCGCUCAACUGUCAGUGAGAUUCAGGAUCGUGUAGGAAAAGCUAUUUACGAGAAUGCUUUGCGAUUGGAGGACAUCAACCCGGCCAACUUCCUUUCGGAUGCUGACAAAGUGCUUUUGAAACGCCGCGUGUUCGCCCUCAAGCGCAUGAACCUUCCUCCUAUUGUCACCCACAACAUUGUCGAUGACGGUAAAGACCCUGUCUUGAACCAGCUUCGUCGUCUUCACAUGUUUAACAAUGCAGAUGAUCGCGUCAAAAUUGUCUUCCAUCCUGAAUUCCUCAAUGCCAACAACCCUCUCUUUGGUAUGGACUAUGAAGAAUUUGUCCGAGGCUGUCAUUUGGGUGUCUUCCCUUCCUACUAUGAACCUUGGGGCUAUACACCUGCUGAAUGUACUGUCAUGGGCGUUCCUUCCGUCACCACCAACCUGUCUGGUUUCGGCUGUUUCAUGGAAGAAAAUAUUGAGAACUGUGAGGAUUAUGGUAUCUACAUUACAGAUCGUCGUAUGAAGUCAGUAGAGGAUUCGCUUCAACAAUUGUGUGAUCAAAUGUAUCAAUUCGUGCAAAAGACGCGUCGUCAACGUAUCAACCAACGUAACAGAACAGAGCGUCUUUCUGAUCUCCUUGACUGGAAGCGCAUGGGUCUUGAAUACAUCAAAGCUCGUACAUUGGCUCUCCGUCGCGCUUAUCCGGAUAGCUUUUUGGACGAUGAAGACGACUUUUCACAAGAUGUUCCUGUAAAGAUACCUAAGCCCCUCUCAGCACCUGCCUCUCCUCGUAUCAAAAUGGAAGUAAACAACCUUUUUGAUGAUAAUGACGAAGAAGAAGAGAACUUUUUAUUCCCAGCGCUUCGAAAGAAAAACCAAGUUCAAUCAAGAGAACAAGAGCUUUUAAGUGAAGGUGAUAUUGAAGCAUUCAAUAAGCUAACGCUUGAAAACAAGUAGAAACUUUUUGUUUUUUUGUUAUGAGAGCAAUAUGCCUUUCUGCUUCUCUAUUCCUCCACUACGUUCGCCCUUUUUUUUUUUUUUCUUUUUUGUUU